AUGACUUCUACCAACAGACCACUCGACGAGAGUACCGCAACUCUCGUCGCCCCCGACGACCACCUCCAGGUCAAGGACCUUCUCAGCACUCCCACCAAUGCCUCUACUGCCAUCAGCUCCGGCACCGUCAGCGACGAGGAGCCGUCUACGCCAGAACCUCUUGCAGACGUCCCCGUCUCUGUCCUGUGCGGCUGGCCACACACUGGCGGCCCCGACGGCAAACCCGGACACGAAGUGACAAAGGAAUCGGGCUGGCCCCAUGAGGAUGAUCCCAAAGACCCGGCUGCCGAGAAACCCAAGGGACGGCCUCCCGGGGGCACCACGCCUGACGAUGGGUCUGGCUGGUGGCCUCAUCCUGGGGAUUCCGACAAGCCAGACCCCGCAAAGUGGCACACACUGAAAAGCACUACCAAUGACGGCACCACUGAUGCCGCUUCCAAGGACGACUCCGUCUCUGUGCUGUGCGGCUGGCCACAUGCUGGCGGCCCCAACGGCAAAUCUGGAGGCCAAGUGACAAAGGACUCUGGAUGGCCACAUGUCGACGACCCCAAACACCCGGCUGCCAAGUACGCCGAGGGACUGACUUCCCUGGGUUCAUCUGACAAGCCUGAUCCUGGGGAUUCCUCCAAGGACGAUCCCGCAAAGGGCUGGCCCAAGGGAAACUCUGACAAGCCAGACCCUGCGAAGCUGCACACCUUGAACGACACUAGCAAUGACGGCGCUGAUUCCACUUCUUCCCAGGAUGGCUCCUCCGCCUCUGUUCUGCGGGCUGCUGCUGCCAAGAAUCCCAGUGUCCCUGACAAUGCGUCCGAUCUUGUGCCCACGCCUGGGGAUUUCUCCAAGCCAGACCCCGCCAACGGCUGGCCCAACGGCAACGACUCCAAGCCAGACCCCGCGAAGCGCGGCAGGCAGGGCCAGAGAGGCAACGGUGCUGCUGGCGGCGAGACCGACGACGACACUGAUGCCCCUUUCAAGAACGAAUCUGGCUGGCCACAUUUCGACGGUCCUAAUAAAGAUUGGGCUGCUGCCAAGAAUCACGGUGUGCCUGACAAUGGGUCCGAUCUUGUGCCUACACCUGGGGAUUCGUCCAAGCCAGACCCCGCAAAGAUCCUGCCAGACGACGACGGCAACGACGGCAACGACCAGACCCAGCCCGAGACUGCCGGCCCCAAACGACGCAAAUCCGGCACUUUCGGCCCCGAGGGCCAGCCUCCCUGGGGCGUCAAGAACCUCGCGGCCACCGCCGCCGGCGCCGCCAACGCCACCAGUCUUGAAGGUCCCGAGGGCCAGCCUCCCUGGGGCGUCAAGAACCUCGCGGCCACCACCGCCGGCGCCAACGCCACCAGUCUCGAAGGCCCCGAGGGCCAGCCUCCCUGGGGCGUCAAGAACCUCGGUGCGGCCGUCAACGCCAAGGGCGUCGCAGGUCCCGAGGGACAGCCGCCGUGGGGUGUCAAGAACCUGGCGGCCUCGGACGGCGGCGGACCCGAGGGCCAGCCUCCGUGGGGGACCAUAAAAGGCCGCGGCAAGGGCGGCGAGGACGGGGAACAGAAGAAUGCCAGCAGCGCCUAG